ACUGGAUGGCAUCAUCUUGCAUCCAAACCCAGUUGCUGUGAUCUGUUCACUGAACCUGGACGCCUUCUAGUUUCUCCUCGCGGCUUCAGGCCAUGCGGCACCCAUUUUCCCGCCUUUAAAAGGAGACCAAAAUGUGAAGAGACCCGGAGCAGCUUUGAACCUUGGCCGUUCUUGCGACACUGUACAUUGUGUAUUGUGAGGACGAUCGAUAGGACGGCGGCGGCCAUGGACGCCAGCGAGGCGAUGAGGCGGAACGCCGAGCUGGAGAAGGCGGCGGCGGAGGCGGCAGCGAGGGAGGAGCGGCUGCGGCGGGAGCUGGAGGCGGCGCUGGCGAGGCUGGCCGUCGCGGAGGAGGCCGAGGAGCGGCUGUGCGUGCAGCUCGGCGAGCUGGAGGCCGAGGCGGUGGCGGAGGCCGUCGAGUACCAGCAACAAGUCCGGGAGCUCUCCGAGCGGCUCGCCCUCAUGGACGCCGUCCUCCGCUCCUCCGGCCACCGCCGCAGCGCCCUCGCCGCCGGCACAGACUGACCGUCGACCAGCUCUCACUGAACCAUGUACGUUUCUUUUUUUCUUCUUCUUCUUUGCGUUAAUCCGAUCGAUCGAUGGCAUGAAGAAGCUGCUGUGUGUUUGGAUAUGUGAAUUAAAGAAAGAAAUUUACCUGAGAUUGUACAUUAUGAAAGAGAUCAGGCGAUGCUGAUCGUUCAGAUUUCCAAAGGCCAAAAGCUGUAAUUGUCGGGAGUAAACAGGGCCAAGAACUGUUCGUCGACUUUAAUUUAUUGGGAGAAAACUCGACUUGGAUUAAA